ACAAGAUUCAACUCUCCCCACUCAAACAACACGAUAAGAACCCCAGUAUAAAUUAGAACCCUAUUGUCCACCAAAUUUUCCAAGUUAGUGACUCACUUCACCUGCAACAAAAGAUUCUUGAGAAAGAGAGAGAAAAAAAAAAAAGAACGAAAGAAAAAACAAAUGGGCCAAGAAGAUGAUAUGAUGAUGUCGAUGGCGAUGAGGAAAGGGCCAUGGACAGAGCAAGAAGAUGUUCAGUUGGUUUCUUUUGUGAACAUGUUUGGAGAUCGACGAUGGGAUUUCAUAGCAAAAGUUUCAGGUUUGAAGGUGGCGGGAGAUACAAAAAUGAAAACAUAGGUUUAAAAAGAAGUGGAAAGAGUUGCAGAUUGAGAUGGGUAAACUAUCUACACCCAGGUCUCAAAAGAGGCAAAAUGACUCCUCAAGAAGAGCGUCGAAUCCUUGAGCUUCAUUCUAAAUGGGGCAAUAGGUGGUCAAGGAUUGCUCGAAAGCUUCCAGGACGAACUGAUAAUGAGAUUAAGAAUUAUUGGAGGACCCAUAUGAGGAAAAAGGCACAAGAACAUAAAAGAGCCUUAUCUCCAUCUUCAUCGCUCUCAGAUUCAUCUUCUUACUCAUCAAUAUAUACUAGCAAUCAUACUUUCCAUUCAAUGUCAAUGGUGGAAACCAAAGAAAAAAGUUUCUACGACACCGGAGGGUUAGAAAUGUUGACUAUCACAAAGGGGGAAAGCAAUAGCAAUACCAUUGCAAGUAUUGCUACUAGUCUUAACAAUAGUAGUGAGGGAGAAGAUGGAUACAAUUCAAUGGAUGAAAUAUGGAAGAAUAUAGAUUUAUUAGAAGACGAUGGUAUAAGACCUAUUUUUGACACGUCUAACGAAAUACCACCUUCUCCAAUAUGGGAUUACUCUCUCAACACGCUAUGGAUGAUUGAUGGCCAAGAGGAAAUAGGAAGUCACAUGUUUUUUCCCGACAACAAGCGAGCAAUUUAGCACAAGGUUAAUCGGCUAACUUAGAUUUAAAUCAUAAAUUAAAUUGGUUGUUGAUAUUAAGAUAUUAAAUUCAAACUCUUGUAUGUCAUGCUAUUGAAAUAAUAUAAUAAAAUCUUGUAAAAAAAAGUUCUUACUAUUACUAUGUAUUUAUCUAAAACAUUUUUUAGUUAAAAUCAAGGCGGACCCAAUAUGCAGCAAGGGAUAGCAUGUGCCACCUCUCAAAUUUUCCCGUUAAUUAUAAAUUAGUCUAAAAUUCGUUGGAAAUUCGUCAGAAAUCUAUCCGGAAUCACUCACGAAUCCAUUGGAAAUUUGCC